AUGGGCACCCCGGUCUCCUACUGCCACAGCCCGCUGCCCCCGAUCUCCUGUUCGGCGGGGUACUUCCCGGGCGUCUGGCACCCGGGCCACUGCAUCGAGCAGUCGACGUGCUACCCCGUUGACGCGAGCUGGAUCACGACGGAGUGCUCGAACGGGGGCAUCCCCUGGUCGACGUCGACGUUGUAUGAAGGUGUGCUGGCGGGUGAGACGACCAGCACGACGAUUAGUGUUGUGUCGUGCUCGUGUGCCAGGGAUCAGUGGUACAGUAUGACACUGCUGCCUGGGAGGUCGACCGUGGAUACCUUCUGCAUGCCUUCGAGCAACUGUCCUGCUGGGAUGACGACUGCCACCUCCACGGCCGAGUAUUGUCUGACUUCGCCUGCGGCGUGUGAGAGCCAAGGGAUUCCUACGACGGUGAGCUGCAAGUGUGAGCAGCCUGGUCAGACGGCGGUUUAUCCGACCGAAGUUGGAGCUGUUGCCACCGGUUGUGCUUGA